AUGAUGGAGAGUGAAUAUCAAUUUAAUUAUGAUAAAAUCAAACAAAUUUUUGAAAGUGUACCACAGACAAAUCCAGCGACAAAAAGUUCUCGAACUAUUUCAUAUAAAACUCAUUUUCAGCCCCGAACAAAACUGCCAGAUACUACACAUUCAAAUAUAUGUCCAUUGAUAAGUAAUAAUAUCAGUCAAAUACCAUCAACAAUUUUAGUUCAAAUGCAAUAUUUUCAUGUUUAUCAAAUGGUACCUAUUCAACCAUGUUUUUUACAAAUUCCACAAAAUUUUAUAGAUAGAAGAUAA